CAUGCCAUCGUCCACGUGGAAAGUACAGUGUAAUCGAACGGCCAGGAAAACAUUAAGGGUUGGAAAAUUCUUCCAGAAGGAGCAAGGCCGGAAAACCAUGCAGAAAUAUCGGGUGUAUUGCGAUCGAGAUCACUGCCAUCCUCCCUAAUUCGAUAACUUGGACCUAGCCCUCGCCAUAAAUAUGAGCAUAAAAAUGGAAUGUAGUCGGCCGCUCGAUCGAUUGAGAGAGAUAGAAAAACGGGAAUGUGCGAACGCUCCUGUUUUCUCUAUUUCUUUCAUUGAUUCAUUUCUUGAUCUUUAGCUCGUUUCAUUGAGUUUUCCUGUUUCUGGAUUAAGAGCCUAGGGAUUUUGGGUCGCUAACCAAUAAACGAAGCAUGGGCGAGGGCGAAGAUGCGAAGAAGGUGGCGUUUUACAAGUUGUUCUCCUUCGCGGACUCGAAGGAUGUGCUAUUGAUGUUGGUGGGUUUCUGCGGAGCGGUGGCCUCCGGGGUUGCAAUGCCGCUCAUGAGCUUCAUCUUCGGCGAGCUUAGCAAUGCCUUCGGAGUCGCCAACCGAGACAAUGUUGUUCGUGAUGUUUCUAAGGUUGCCUUACAAUUUGUAUAUUUAGCUAUUGGUGCUGGAGCUGCGUCAUUUUUACAGGUGUCAUGUUGGAUUGUGACCGGAGAAAGGCAAGCUGCACAUAUACGUAGUUUGUACUUGAAGACAAUUUUAAGGCAGGAUAUAGGAUUCUUUGAUAAGGAAACAAAUACUGGAGAAGUGAUAGGGAUGAUGUCUGGUGACACAAUACUUAUUCAAGAUGCCAUGGGUGAAAAGGUUGGAAAGUUUAUACAACUUAUUUCAACUUUCUUUGGGGGCUUUAUCAUAGCAUUUGUCAAAGGGUGGCAUUUGACGCUGGUUAUGAUAUGUGGUUUUCCUUUUAUUGUCAUGUCUGGCGCAAUAAUGUCUUUAAUCAUAUCAAAACUAUCAGCUCGUGGACAAUCAGCAUAUGCCGAAGCAGGGUCUGUUGUUGAUCAAACAAUAGGGUCCAUUAGGACGAUUGUGUCAUUUUCUGGGGAGAGGCAAGCCAUCGAGAAGUAUAAUAAGUUUAUUAGAAAUGCCUACAAAUCAUCAGUUCACCAAGGAACUGCUGCUGGACUUGGUAUGGGUUGUGUUAUUAUGAUUGUUUUUUUCAGCUAUGCCUUAGCUAUCUGGUAUGGUGCUAUAUUGAUCCUUAAAAAAGACUACAAUGGAGGGGAAGUCAUCAAUGUUAUGUUGGCUGUUAUGACUGGCGCAAUGUCCUUAGGCCAGGCAUCCCCUUGUUUGAGUGCAUUUGCUUCAGGUCAAGCUGCUGCAUAUAAGAUGUUUGAGACGAUCCACCGGCAACCAGAGAUUGAUUCAUGUGACAAAAGUGGCAUUGUUUUGGAAAACAUCAAAGGCGACAUAGAACUGAAGGAUGUUCAGUUCAGUUACCCCGCCAGGCCUGGUCAUUUGAUAUUUAAUGGCUUUUCCUUGUGUGUGCCAAGUGGUACAACUAUGGCACUUGUAGGAGAAAGUGGCAGCGGGAAGUCAACAGUGGUUAGUCUGGUUGAGAGGUUUUAUGAUCCUCAAGCUGGUGAAGUAUUGAUAGAUGGCGUUAACCUGAAGAAGUUCAAUCUAAAGUGGAUAAGAGAACAGAUUGGACUUGUUAGCCAGGAACCCGUUCUUUUCACAACCACUAUCAGGGAGAACAUUUCUUAUGGAAAGGAAGGUGCUAAUGCUGAAGAAAUAAGAAUAGCAAUGGAGCUUGCUAAUGCUUCUAAGUUCAUAGACUUGUUGCCUAAUGGCCUUGAGACAAUGGUCGGUGAGCAUGGCACUCAGCUAUCUGGUGGGCAAAAGCAGAGAAUUGCAAUUGCAAGAGCAAUUCUUAAGAAUCCUAAGAUAUUACUUUUAGAUGAGGCGACCAGUGCAUUAGAUGCCGAGUCUGAGCGAAUUGUUCAAGAUGCUCUGGUAAGUAUCAUGGUAGACCGAACCACCAUCAUUAUCGCCCAUCGCUUGAUUACUGUGAGGAAUGCUGAUACCAUAUCAGUUGUUCAGCGAGGGAAGCUUGUUGAGCAAGGUUCACACUUGGAAUUGAUUGAGAAUGUCGAUGGGGCUUACUCCCAGCUCGUACGACUGCAAGAACUCAACAAAGGAUCAGGAUCUGCACCUUCAGAGAGCUUAAGUGAAACAGGGCUAACCAGUAGUGCUUAUAUCUCUUUAAAAAGAUCAGGAGGACAUGCUUUCUCCCAAACUAGAUCAUUCUCUCGCAACUCUUCACGUGGAGGAAGCAGACGGCUCUCAUUUAUACAUUCUUUGGGUUUGCCCAGUAUGGUAGAAGCUGAAUUAAAUAAUCCAGAAGCAUACGAUGAAUGGAAGAGAGAUGUCAAUACUAAGGAGAGGAAGGAAGUUUCUAUCAUGCGAAUUGCUUACCUCAACAAGCCAGAGAUCCCAACUCUUCUUGUCGGAUCCAUUGCUGCAGCUGUCCAUGGAGUCAUCCUUCCCGUCUUUGGAAUCUUGAUUUCUAGUGCCAUCAAGACAUUCUACGAACCGCCACAUCAACUCCGAAAGGAUUCAAGGUUUUGGGCCCUGAUGUAUGCGUUAUUAGGUGUCAUUGCUUUCCUUUCUGUGCCAAUGCAGCAUUACUUGUUUGGAGUUGCGGGUGGGAAACUGAUAGAACGCAUUCGUUCACUUACUUUUGAGAAGGUGGUGCACCAAGAGAUUAGCUGGUUUGAUGAACCUGCAAAUACUAGUGGGGCAAUAGGCUCACGGCUAUCUUCAGACGCAUCAUCUGUGAAAAGCCUUGUUGGUGACACUUUAGCUUUGAUAGUUCAAAACUUAGCGACCGUUACAGCUGGGAUACUUAUAGCCUUCGUUGCUAACUGGAAGCUUUCACUUGUGAUCACGGUAAUCAUACCUCUUGUUGGGCUGCAGGGUUAUGCGCAAAUGAAAUUCCUUCAAGGAUUUAGUGCUGAUGCUAAGAUUAUGUAUGAAGAAGCCAGUCAAGUGGCAAGCGAUGCAGUCACCAGCAUCCGUACUGUGGCUUCCUUCUGUGCAGAGGGGAAGGUGAUGGAUGCUUAUCAUAAGAAAUGUAAAAAUCCGGUGACACAGGGAAUUAGGCAGGGGCUAAUAAGUGGAAUUGGCUAUGGUUUUUCUUUUUUCGCACUUUAUUGUACCUACGCCUUGUGUUUCUAUGUUGGAGCCCGUUUUGUGCAUGAUGGAAGUGCAACAUUUAGCGAUGUUUUCAGGGUGUUUUUUGCUUUGACCAUGGCAGCUAUUUCUGUUUCACAAUCGAGUGCAUUCGGGCCUGAUGCUACAAAAGCCAAAGACUCAGCUGCCUCUAUAUUUGGGAUUCUUAACCGGAAAUCAAAGAUUGAUGCCAGUAUUGAUGAAGGUUUGGUGCUGGCAGAAGUUAAAGGGGAAAUUGAAUUCCAGAAUGUUAGCUUCAAGUACCCAACACGUCCGGAAGUACAGAUCUUCAAAGCUCUAUGUUUGAGAAUGCCAGCUGGAAAGACAAUUGCGCUAGUUGGUGAGAGUGGCAGUGGAAAAUCCACAGUGAUCGCUCUCAUGGAGCGAUUCUAUGAUACCGAUUCAGGUGCCAUUCUCAUUGACGGAGUUGAGAUACAGAAGCUAAAACUCAGCUGGCUCAGGCAGCAAAUGGGAUUGGUAAGCCAAGAGCCCGUGAUGUUCAGCGGCACAAUACGCUCAAACAUAGCCUAUGGCAAGCAAGGUGAUGCGUCCGAGGAUGAGAUCAUCGCCGUCGCCAAGGCAGCAAACGGCCACCAGUUCAUUUCAUCUCUUCCUCAGGGCUAUGAUACGAAUGUCGGGGAGCGAGGCGUUCAGCUCUCAGGUGGGCAGAAGCAGCGUAUUGCCAUUGCGAGGGCCAUGAUCAGGAACCCAAAGAUUCUUCUACUGGAUGAGGCCACCAGUGCGUUGGACGCAGAAUCGGAGAAGGUGGUGCAGGAAGCGCUGGACCGAGUGAUGGUGGGAAGGACGACCAUAAGCAUUGCUCAUCGUUUAUCCACAAUCCAGGGCGCUGACAUUAUUGCUGUAGUCAAGGAUGGCGUUAUUGCUGAGCAAGGGCGGCAUGAGACGCUGGUGAGCAUACCAAAUGGUGCUUAUGCUUCUCUUGUUUCUCUUCAUUUGGCAUCCUAGCCGUUUCAAGUUAUGCUUAGUUCUGAAGCUUAUCAACCGUUGAAAUGAUUUAGUGCAUGUGAAAUGCUAUUGGCUUUAAGAAAUAAUACUUCUUUAUGUUGUCUUACAAAAAUUUGAGACUAUUCUAAUUUAUUAAUUUAAUCAAUACUAUAGUUUUAUUGG